UAUUUUUUUUAGUUUCUAUUCAUCUCCAUUUUUCCUUUCAAAAAUGGCGGCACUCGUUGCAGGGACGCCAUGGAUGAGAAUCAGAGUAAUCCCUGAAUUCGCUCCUCCGUUCAUUUUCCGGCGCCAUUUUCGUCGAAAUUUCUCUGUGCGCGCUUCAAUUGACAGUGAUGCACCGGUCAGAGUCCGUUUCGCUCCUUCUCCGACCGGCAAUCUCCACGUCGGCGGAGCCCGAACUGCUCUCUUCAACUACUUAUUCGCUAGAUCGAAAGGGGGAAAAUUUGUGCUGAGAAUCGAGGAUACUGAUUUGGAGAGGUCGACGCGGGAAUCGGAGGAGGCUGUGCUUCGAGAUUUAGCUUGGCUUGGUCUUGACUGGGAUGAAGGCCCUGGUGUGGGUGGGGACUAUGGUCCUUAUCGACAAUCUGAAAGAAAUGCUAUGUACAAACAAUAUGCUGAGAAGCUCUUAGAAUCUGGUCAUGUUUAUCGUUGUUUCUGUUCCAAUGAGGAACUUGAGAAAAUGAAGGAAAUUGCAGAGCUAAAGAAACUUCCUCCUGUAUACUCGGGGAAGUGGGCUACUGCAGCAGAUGGAGAAGUAGAAGAAGAGCUAGCAAAGGGAACCCCAUAUACAUAUCGAUUUCGAGUUCCCAAGGAAGGGAGCUUGAAAAUUAAUGACCUUAUUCGAGGCGAAGUUAGCUGGAAAUUGGACACACUUGGGGAUUUUGUUAUAAUGAGGAGCAAUGGUCAACCUGUUUACAACUUUUGUGUUACAGUCGAUGAUGCUACCAUGGCUAUUUCACAUGUUAUAAGAGCGGAAGAGCAUUUACCUAAUACUCUAAGGCAAGCCUUGAUUUACAAGGCUCUGGGAUUCCCAAUGCCUUCCUUUGCCCACGUUUCAUUGAUUCUUGCACCUGAUAGGAGCAAAUUGUCAAAACGCCAUGGUGCAACUUCAGUUGGUCAGUAUAGAGAUAUGGGGUAUCUGCCUCAGGCGAUGGUGAAUUACUUGGCACUUCUAGGUUGGGGUGAUGGAACUGAAAAUGAAUUUUUCACCAUUGAUCAACUUGUUGAAAAAUUCUCAAUUGGUCGCGUUAACAAAAGUGGUGCUGUUUUUGACUCUACCAAGUUAAGGUGGAUGAAUGGUCAGCACUUAAGAGCGAUUCCCUUUGAGGAGUUGUCCCAGCUUAUUGGUGAGCGCUGGAAGAGUACUGGGCUUCUCACUGAGUCAGAAGGGCCAUUUGUAGAGGAUGCAGUUCAGCUGCUUAAGGAUGGGAUCGACUUGGUAACUGAUUCGGAUACAGCACUCUCUAGCUUGCUGUCUUACCCUGUACAUGCUACUUUGACGAGCCCUGAAGGUAGACCCAUUGUCGAAGAUAAGCUUUCUGAAGUUUCUGCCCACCUAUUAGCUGCCUAUGAUAGUGGUGAACUCUUUGGUGCAUUGGAAGAAGGCCUUGCUGGCUGGCAGAAAUGGGUAAAGGGCUUUGGCAAAACACUGAAGCGCAAGGGGAAGUCAUUGUUCAUGCCCCUGAGGGUUUUAUUAACAGGAAAACUCCAUGGCCCUGAUAUGGGUUCUAGUGUAAUCCUAAUCUAUAAAGCUGGAAACCAUGGCAUUGUCUCGCCUCAAGCUGGGUUCGUGACUUUGAAAGAAAGGUUUGGAAUAUUGAGACAACUCGAUUGGGAAGCGCUCAACCAGGAUCACCCUGCUUUGGAAUCGGCGGCUACCAUAUCAAAUUGAAAAGAAAAAAAGAAGUGACAGGUUCAUUUAAAGGUUUUUUUUUGGCAAUAUAAUAAUUGCUUAUCUUUUUUUGUGUUGUUGAAGUCAUUGAUGAGAUGUAGUUUAGUGUAAUAAUGGUUUGGUGUUUAUGAAUGUGAUGAACAUUUAGUUAGUGUUAAAACGUCUAUACUUUUGAAUCAUGUGGAAAUGUUUCAAAGCUGCCCGGAAUUAACUUUCCUUUGGGGACAUUAUGGUAUUUUUCCUCUAUUGAGUAGAGAGGCCUAAUUAUGAACCGCAUCAUCCGCUUUACGGAAA